CCAUCCAGAGGAGAAUGCAGCAGAGCUGCCUCUACCUAUUACUGUGCUUACAUCUUUGCUAAGAUUCUUUAUCUUUGUUCAGGAGCCUAAGGUUGCUUGCUGAUCACAAGAAGAUGUUUCUGUGGCUCUUUCUGGUUCUGUCAUCUCCAGUUUCUUCUACAACUGCAGAUGCUGAUAUAUCUGUGGAAAUUUGCAAUGUUUGCUCCUGUGUGUCAGUUGAGAAUGUACUCUAUGUCAACUGUGAGAAGGUUGCAGUCUACAGACCAAAUCAGCUUAAACCACCAUGGUCUAAUUUUUACCACCUCAACUUUCAAAACAACCUGCUAAUUGUUCUAUAUCCAAAUUCCUUUCCUAAUUUUACACAUGCAGUGUCCUUGCAACUGGGUAAUAAUAAGUUGCAGAACAUUGAGGGAGGGGCCUUUAUGGGUCUUAGUUCAUUAAAACAGUUGCACUUAAACAACAACGAAUUAAAGAUUCUCCGGGCUGACACUUUCCUUGGCAUAGAGAACUUGGAGUAUCUCCAAGCUGACUACAAUUUAAUCAAGUUUAUUGAACGGGGAGCCUUCAAUAAGCUUCACAAGCUGAAAGUCCUGAUACUUAAUGACAAUCUGAUUUCAUUCCUUCCCGAUAAUAUUUUUCGAUUUGCUUCUCUAACCCAUCUGGAUAUACGGGGGAAUCGAAUACAGAAACUUCCAUACAUUGGAGUUCUGGAACACAUCGGGCGAAUUGUUGAAUUGCAGCUGGAAGACAACCCCUGGAAUUGUACUUGUGAUUUGUUGCCUUUGAAGGCGUGGCUGGAGAACAUGCCCUAUAACAUCUACAUUGGAGAAGCGAUCUGUGAGACACCCAGUGACUUGUAUGGAAGGCUGCUGAAAGAAACCAAUAAGCAGGAGCUGUGCUCCAUGGGGACAGGGAGUGAUUUUGACGUGCGCAUCCUGCCUCCCUCGCAGCUGGAGCCCGGUUACAGCACACCAAACGGCCACACCACCCAAACAUCGGUGCACAGAUUAGUCACAAAGCCGCCAAAGACUACAAAUCCUUCGAAGAUCUCGGGGAUAGUAGCAGGCAAAGCGUUCUCUAAUCGCAAUCUCAGUCAAAUCGUAUCCUACCAGACCAGGGUGCCUCCUUUAACUCCUUGCCCGGUCCCUUGUGUUUGCAAAACUCAUCCUUCAGAUUUGGGAUUAAGUGUAAAUUGCCAAGAAAGAAAUAUAGAAUCCAUGGCUGAACUCGUACCAAAACCUUUAAAUGCCAAGAAACUGCAUGUGAACGGCAAUUAUAUUAAGGAUGUGGAUACUACAGAUUUCGCCGAGUUUGAGGGGCUGGAUUUGCUACAUUUAGGCAGCAAUCGGAUUUCAGUGAUCAGAGGAGACGUUUUCCGCAACCUUACAAAUUUACGGAGAUUGUAUCUCAACGGCAAUCAGAUAGAGCGUCUGAGCCCUGAAAUGUUUGCUGGCCUCCACAACUUGCAGUAUCUGUAUUUGGAAUACAAUGUUAUCAAAGAGAUCCUAGCAGGCACCUUUGACUUAAUGCCCAAUUUGCAGUUGCUCUACCUGAACAACAAUCUUCUCCGAAGCUUGCCAGCGUACAUUUUUGCUGGUGCACCACUUGCUAGACUGAAUCUGAGGAACAAUCACUUCAUGUAUUUGCCUGUAAGUGGUGUUCUUGAUCAGCUAAAAUCUCUUACACAAAUAGAUUUGGAAGGUAAUCCAUGGGACUGCACUUGUGAUUUAGUUGCUUUAAAACUGUGGCUUGAAAAGCUAAAUGAAGGUAUUGUGGUGAAGGAGUUGAAAUGUGAAACACCUGUACAGUUUGCUAACAUAGAACUUAAGUCUCUGAAAAAUGAGAUCCUCUGUCCUAAACUUUUAAACAAGCCAUCUGCUCUGUUCACUAGCCCUAUGCCUGCUGUUACUUUUACAACACCACCGGGACCGGUUCGGAGUCCUCCUGGUGGCCCAGUUCCAUUAUCCAUCCUAAUCUUAAGCAUAUUAGUUGUGCUGAUUUUAACAGUGUUUGUUGCUUUUUGUCUUCUCGUUUUUGUGCUUCGGCGCAACAAAAAACCAACUGUAAAGCACGAAGGGAUUGGAAAUCAAGAGUGCAGUUCUAUGCAGCUGCAGCUGAGAAAGCACGACCACAAGUCAAACAAAAAGGAUGGACUGGGUGCAGAGGCCUUCAUUCCUCAAACCAUUGAGCAGAUGAGCAAAAGUCAUACCUGUGGCUUAAAAGAGUCUGAAACGGGCUUCACGUUUGCUGACCCACCAGGGCAGAAAGUCAUUCUGAGAAAUAUUAAUGACAAGGAGAAAGAUUUGUUGCACGUGGAUACCAGAAAAAGACUUAGCACAAUCGAUGAACUGGAUGAGUUAUUCCCUGGGAGGGAUUCCAAUGUAUUUAUUCAAAAUUUUCUGGAAAGUAAAAAAGAAUACAACAGCAUAGGGGUCAGUGGCUUUGAAAUACGUUACCCAGAGAAACUACAAGACAAAAAAGCCAAGAAAUCGCUAAUAGGUGGUAAUCAUAGUAAAAUUGUAGUAGAACAAAGAAAAAGUGAAUAUUUUGAACUAAAAGCUAAACUUCAAGGUUCACCUGACUACCUACAAGUCCUUGAAGAACAAACAGCUUUGAAUAAAAUAUAGGUCGUACAAUCUUAUUGCCUACAGAGGACAUUUAUUUAAUGAUGAAAGUGCCUUUUGUUGACUUUUAACUUCCAAAUACUAUAUUAUAUUGGUAGGCAUAGAGGCAGGUGUAUCCAGGGGUGUCUGAUUAACUGUAGCUGCGUAUGAUUUGUCGAGUAGAGGAGAAUUUCCUUAAUAGAUUUUACUACAUAAAGCUCAUGCCCAGUGGAAUCCUGUAGGGAUACUGCAAACUCUAUUGCCAAAGGGAUGCUUUAUACACGUUACACUGAAUUUAACCUCAAGAGGCAUAUAUGUUUUGUAUCUUAAAUGCAAACCAUCGUCUCCUUGUGAUUUGUUAGAACAAACACAAGAAACCUGGUACUGAUAUUUGUACCUCAGCUGGGUCCUUCAUCCUGCACGUGGAUUUAAGUUGGUGGAACUGGAGUAAUCCUUUGAUUUGUGGUGUUGUAAUGGCACUGUUUAAAGCUUAUCUGGAAAGUAACAAGCAUGCAAAGAGAGAACAUUCAAUAGUAUGUGUAAAUUGGUUACAUUUAUGGGCUGCAUCUUGAAACCACUGGAAUUAUAAUGUUAAAUUGUGCAAAUAUUUGUUUAAAAUAUACCAUGCAUUACAUACCUAUGGAAUAAAUUUGACCACUUGAAGCAUACAUGUCUAUAGAGAAAAUUAAAAAAAAAAAAAAGAAAGAAAAUAGUUUAACCUGACUUCUGCAGUAUUUGUGACAUCUGAAGAAAAUAUUUGAUGUUUAUGCAGAAUCUGUUCUAAGACUCAUCUCCAAUUAAAACUAGAGUUCCUUCUCAGUUAUGUGAAACUCUUGCAACCCAACAGGUUGUCCAAAAAUGUCAAAGUGCUUACUGUGUGAGCGUGGCAGAAAUUAUUUUUGUAAUAUAAUUCAUAUUUAUGAAAUACUUUGUAUACUAAAUAGGAAAGAAUAUGUACUCCUUAAUAUGUAUUUAAUAUGCCUGACUUGUUUUCCUGAUCACACUGCAUUAAUCAUUCAGUAUAAAUAAAACCAGAACAAUAUACCAAACAGCAACCGGGGAUGUAAUGUAUAGCAUUAUCCAGAAUUAAGUGAUCAGAUAUAAUGAUAAUAAUAAUAAUAAUAAAAAAAAAUUGUUCUGUACUAUUCUUGUGAGAUUAGCAUAUUAUCUUAUUUCAGAUUUGUUACCAAUGGUGCGUUUUAAAAUAGAUUCAUUAGUUUUUUUUAGUAUUGUGUCUCAGGCAAUUAUUUGCCACCAGUUUUCUUGAUUUUCAGGUCUCUACAGCUUAACUUAAAUAGUUUUCACUACAAGUAUUUACAGAAAUUCAUGCUAAGGGUAAUAUUUUAAUUGGAUAUGCAGAAGUUUUCUGUUCUUGUUAUCUCUCUGGCUUCUGUUAGUCAGCAAAACCUGAUCAGAACAGUGAACAAUAUGGCAAAUCAUGUCUAUUUAAAACCACAGUGUAAAAUGAGUAUAGCGGUCUCAGUUCAGAGUAUUGUGUAGCUCAUACCUAGAGAGUAAAAACUUGCCUUUGAGAAAGCUGAAUCUGAAUAGCUAGGGGAAAAAAAAGUAGGAGAAUGGAAAAUUCCCACUGUAUCUCACUGAUAGAUGGUACUUUGAUAUGAGAAUGGAGAUAUAUUGGUAAAGCAUCCCAUAAAAAAAUCUAUGCGAUGAGAUUAAAAAAAGUUCUUUGUCUUCAUGAGCUUUGAAUAAGACUCUCUUCCCUCCUUUGCUUCCAGAACAUUUACCCCUCCCUACCUUUUAUAAUCAAUAAGUCAGAUAAGAUAGCAGGAUAUAAACGUGAAUGUUUUUCAUGAAUUUGAAACUAGCAAAAAUUAGAGCAAGACCCAAUAAUAAUACUGUGGAGAAGGCUGUGUCAGCUAUUUCCAAUAUAAACCUCUAAUUUCAGGGCUUUAUUACAGUGAUUUGAAAUUUUUGUUCUGGAAUGAUACUUGGCAACCAGUCUGCAGUAUAUUUUUAACAAAAUAUACCAAAAAAAAGAAAGCAGUGCUUCUUUAUUUAAGAGAAAGCAAACAAAACAUUUCUCUACUUUUAACCAUGUGUUUAUGCUCUUGUGGCUUAGAAAGAGGGUUGUUUUAUUAUUUUUCUCCAUACUUCAAAGUAUAUACGUGACUUCAGAUAAUAAAAUUAUAACAGAUAAAUUAAUGGCUGAGUUUCUUUCAAAAAAACCGUGGCUAUCUGUGCAGAAUAAUUAAUGUAAUUCAGAAUGUCAUAGGGAUUUUCAGGACAUGGAUA